UCAAAUGAGAAGUGAAUCUCUCUCUAAAGCUGAGGUGUCACUAAGAUUUUCUUAUAUUCAAUCUGAAUAGAGACACAUGGCUUAUCUCCUCCAAAGAUGUCUCCUGGUGUUCCUCUUCUACCCAAUUGCAGAGCCAAGAGCUUCUGGAGAAGACUCAGUCCCAAAAAUGGUGAUUGGAAUCCUGGGGGAGUCUGUUAUUCUCCCACUGGAAAUCCCAAAAGAAAAGCAGAUCACAUAUAUUGUCUGGAUUUCCCAAAGGUCUCUUGCCAUCAUAGAGACAGGAAAAGAAGGAAAAUCACCCAAAAUAAUGAUGACAAAUCCUCAUUAUAUGGGGCGAAUAGACUUCCUCAACCAAAGCUAUAGUUAUGCUCCACAAAUCAGUCACUUGAAGAUGGAGGAUGCUGGCUUCUACACAGCAGAAAUAACUAUAGCAAACAUCACUGAACCCAUUAAAAAGUUGUUCACCCUCCUCAUCCAUGAGCGAUUGAUGGAGCCAAAAAUUACAUUGGGUCCUAGGAUCAAUGAUAAUGGCACCUGUCUUAUCAAUGUGACAUGUUCUGUGGAACAAGUAAGAGAGAAUGUAACAUACAACUGGACACCUGUGGGACAAAGGGCUAAUGCAUCCAGUGGAGGACCCAUCCUCAGUGUCAUUUGGAAACCUGGUGACCAAGACCAGUACACCUGUACUGCCACAAACCCUGUCAGCAACAGUUCCCAUACUAUCCUUGCCAGUAAGCUCUGUGCAGGCAUUGAACAUGGCAUAAGCUACAUCAGAGUCCUUCCAUACCUCAUGAUGACCAUCAUCCUGGUUAUUAUUCUCCCUUUGUUGGGCCUGUCUUUCUGGUACAUUCAGAGAAGGAAAGAAAAAGAGGCUGAUGCAAGAGACCAGGACUGUACUAUUUAUGACUCAAUUUCUAAUCUAAGCCCUGAUAUUACAGAAAAUACAGAGUAUGCCACAGUUUCAUAUCCUAAAAAAAACAUCCAAAAGAAUUUGGAAGCACUGCAUACAGUUUAUGACAUUUUACAGAAUACUACAAAGAUGGACAAAUCUGACACGCUUGAAAAGAACCGAAGGUCUCCAGGAACAUUAGACUUUGGACCAGAAGCCUCCAGAGGAGACCCAGCCCCCAUGAAGGUGAUUGGAACUCUGGGGGAGAAAAAAUACAGAGGCCGAGUGAAUGUAAUCAGCAGCAACUAUUCCCUACAAAUCAACAAUCUGACAAUAGAGGAUGCAGGAAUCUACAGAGCCCAGAUAAACAUAAAAAACUUGAAUAUUACCACCACCAAGGAAUAUAGCCUUCAAGUCUAUGGGCCAGGAACCUCAGAAGGGAACUCAGCUCCCACAAUAGUGAUUGGGACCCUUGGGGGCCUGAUCACUUUCCCACUGGAGAUUCCAUCAGGAGUUGAGAGCGUUGUCUGGAUUUCAAAUACUUCUCUUAUCAAGACAGAACCAGGAGAAAUGGGAAAGCUGAACAGAGUCAAGACCCAGAGACCUGACAGAGGCAGAGACCCUGCCCAGGACUUCUCCCUCCAAAUUCCUAAUGAACAAAUGGAAAACCAAGGACUCUAUAUAGCCCAUGUAUGCACCAACUCCUCCAGAGUCCCAAUAACACACCGGUAUUCCCUACAAGUCUAUGAGCAACUAAAGAAAGUUAAAGGUACAAUGAGCUCGAGGACCAAUGAAAACCAAACCUUUACCAUCACAAUGACCUGUCAAGUGCAAGGUGACAGUUAUGGAGACAAGGUGACAUACAGUUGGACACCCCUAGGGGAAAGAGUCCUUGUGUCCCAUGAAGGGUCUGUCCUCAGUGUUUCUUUGAGACCUGGGUACCAUAAAGUGAACUACACCUGUACAGCCAGAAAUCCAGUCAGCAACAGCUCUCACUCCUUCCCAGCUUGGCAGCUCCACCCAGAGUCUAAGAAAAACAGAAAAGCCUGGUUAGCUCUCCUUGAGCUUCUUGGACUGGCAGUCCCCUGUUGGUAUGUUUGGAAAAAGAAGAGACAUGGUUAGUGCCUAGAUUGUUGCUCUACCCAAACCCAGUGCCAGACUCCUAACAAGUUAUCAGAGUACAAGAAGUUGGAACUUGUCCUUGAAGGGAGUUCCAGGAGAGAAGGUAGCCUGGACAGUGAUACAACCUCAGAAGGCAACAUGGUACACAAGCCUAUUUGUGAAAGUACUGUGAAACAUGACCCUAUCAGAGAUGAUGGUGAUGUGUAUGACUCUGUCUGUGAUGAGGAAGAAAUAUAUGACCCUGUCACUCCAGAAGAAAUAUUCUGUGUCCAAAUCAACCAGGGAGAGAUCCCAAAUCCUCAGAAGUGCAAGAGUCCAGAUACAAUUUACUGCAUCAUGAAGAAACCCCAAAAGGUGGGAUCACUGAAAAGUGACAUUGAGUCUCCAGAGGCUUCUCUCUAUGAAAAUUUCACCUCAAUAGGACAGUCACUGCCUACCCCAUCUUCUGACUGUGGAUAACAAAGAGGAAGCAGGGCCUUAUUGGCACAUGGAUGAUUUAAGGAUGAAUAUCCCUGCACAUGGGAAGAUCCUGGGAUUUCCCUGCAUUACUCUACACAUAUUCUGAGUUCCCUCACUUUUGUUCCCAGAGCAAACUGCAUCUGGACCAAGAUACUGGUCUGAAGGGUAGACAGAGAGACUCAGGUUCUUCUUGAUUGAUCCCUUACAAUUUUCUGUAAUGACAGGCUGGGAUUGGGAAUUUUAUCUCCACAGUAGGAUGGUCCCCAGGCCUGGAAUCUCUUCUUACCUCUACCUUCUGGUUUUCUGUCUUUCUUAAGACAAUUCUGAUUCUACUUUCUGCAAUAGGCCUUUCCCAACACUCCAUAUCCUGUUCUUCUGAAAUAAACUAUAAAUUACUCUCUCUCUCUCUCUC